AAAAAAAAGAAAAAAAAAAGGAAAAGUCUCGUUUAGCAAUUAGCAUUAUUAAGAUAGGAAAUUACUAUUAUUUAUUUGGAAACUUAUUAGCUUUUACUUUAUAAAUAUGUUGGUUACGAGAAAAGUUUUAAUCAUCCAAUCAAUAAUAUAAGUUUUUCUAGGAUUCUAUUCUCAAACAUUCUUAUUCUGAAAGCAAAAUUCUCUGUUCUCGUUCUUAAUCACAAAAGUCUAACAAAUAAACAAAUUUUGUUUCUCAAAAUGGCCACAAUGCUAAUAAACCACAUGUGUUUCUUAACGUCGUUGAUAUUGAUCGCGUUUCCAGUAGCAAACGCUAUUCCAGCCAGAGACAUUGACAAGCUAUGCAAAGAGACUACUGAUGUGCCCUUCUGCCUCCAAUACAUUGGGUCGGAUCCACGAAUACCAGCCGCACGUGACCUCAGUGACGUUCUUUUAAUCGCGAUAACGCACUCAAAAAUGCAAGUGGAUGAUGCAACCACUCAUAUUGACAGAGUCCGUCGAAAGUUCAGUGGUCCGAAUGGGAAGAGACGGAUCGAGGUUUGCAAGACGAAUUACGGAAUAGCUUCGGCUAGGUUUCACACUGCUUGGGAACUUGGACUUCAAAAAUCGUUUUGGGAUGUGGAAAAACUGGCAAGGAUUGGCACCAACGCUGUGAUCGACUGCGAAAACGUAUGGAGAAGGGAUGGUCCGAUACAAACGUCUCCUCUCACUUUCUAUAACAUGAAUGUUUUCAAGCUAUCUGGAAUCAUUCUUCUUAUUUUCGACAAGCUUGUGACCUAAUUGUACCGGAAUUUCAUGGUCACGACCCAAGUUACGUGUAGUAAAAGUUGGGAGAUAAUAGAUUCGUGGGACAAUCGUAACCUCAUUAUUUUUUGUAGGGCAUCUUUCUUUUUUUUUUUUUUUUUUUUCACUUUCUAUAGUAAAAGAAAAGGAUAUAGAUUAAGAUUAUUGAAAAAUUGUGUUUUACUCUCUCUUUAUAAAAAUAAAUAAAUUAGUUCCGGUUUAUUAUUUCCGCAAAGGAAUCCAAAA